UGUAAAAAUGUUAAUUGACAUUUGUAAAAAUUACUUAAACACUAAAGUUAAAUGCGACAAGCCAAGUUGUGAUGAUUAUGACAUUGAAAACUUGAUAUCUGAGAACGACAGAGGUUUUUUAGUUUAUUCAUGCAUAAAUCCACCAAUAAACAUAGACUUUAAUUUUACAAAUCUCAUUAAAUUAAGCCAUGUAAUAAUAUGGCCAGCAAUCGGUGAGCAAAAGUCUAUUGGAUUCAAACUUUCUGUCAAUUUAAGAGACAAUACCAUCAAUCAGUUGGCUGUUGGAUUUCUGGAGCCCAGUGACAGUGGGAUUAUUUUUUGCUGCAAUGACAGUGAUGUUAAUCAACUUAAAACUAAUUAUAGAAAUUUUUCUAUUAAAUACAUCAGUGGAUUCGCUCAUAAAUUUGUUAAUUCCACGGAUAAUUUAAAGUUGACAAUCAUGAAGACACAAAAGUCUGUAGCAGCUGUCAAGAGAAUUCAAAUUUGGGGUUACGUCAGACCUAAUUCCAAAAUACAUCAAUUGUUCACGGAGUAUAAUGAUAAAAUUAAUUGUUGUAAAAAUGUGUCACUGCCUGUAGAAAUUAAGGAUGCUGAAAUUAAGCCUCAGUCGAGUGAUAAAAAAUCACUGGAAAUACCUGAUGAAUUUUUAGAUCCAAUAACUUGCAGCCUGAUGAUCCAACCAAUCAUUUUACCAAGCGGUAAAAUAAUCGACCACAGUACUCUGGAGACCUACGGAAAAAAUGAAGCGCUCUGGGGAAGACAACUUAGUGAUCCAUUCACUGGUCUACGCCUUAGUAAUAAUUUUCGGCCUGUUUACGCUCAAGCAUUAAAAUGUAGAAUUGAUAAAUUUAUAACUGACAAUCAUUGUCAUGCUGAUUUCAACAAUAUUCCUCGGGUGUUAGGACCUCAUAGACAUUCUACGGUUGAUGUGGAUUUAAACAGCAUUUCUGCUGGUCAAAAAGGAAGUUUGUCAGCUUCUAAAAUUAAUUUUUUAACUGGAUCGAUACCAAGAAAUAUCAAGACCAGCCACAGGAUACCUAUUAUUGCCAGUUAUUCACGGUUCAGCUGUUUAAAGCCUAAGUUGUCAAAAAAAAUAAAGAAAGUUACUGAAAUUAAUUGUUUUAGUAGCAGCGAAGCUGCUACGACUGAAAAUAAUAUUUUGAAUGAAUCAACGAUUAUUGAUGAAAAUUUAAGAGAUAGUUUAAAGGCUUUACUGUCGAAUUUAAAAACUUUGAGUCAAGCUGAAGUCAAAAAAGAGCCUGAUAAUGAAAUAGUUUGUAAAUGUUGUAAAAAUAGUGAAAUUAAAGAUAUUUGUGGGUAUAAACUCACUUGUAGUCAUGUCGUAUGUCGCAGUGCUUUAUUGGCGAAAAAUCUACUUGUUAAUGUUGAUCACUUCAAUGAGCCAUCAACUUCAAAGAUUCCACUUUCAGAAAAUGAUGAUUCCUUUAUAAAACUAUCACCUUGUCAAGAAAUUAAAACAAUAUCUCAGAGUAUAGAACACGAGUCAGAUAACGUUGAGUUAACGAGGAAAAUUUCAAAUACUUUUAUACUAAGACGGUGGAAAAUAAGAAGGGUACAAAAUAUUCCAGAGGAUAGCAGCAGUCAUAAGAGCGACAUAUGUAAAAAUACUGGCCCACCAAACAGCUUUUUCCCACGUUUGAACUUCUAGGUUACGAAGAACAUUUAUACCGACGAGUAAUCCAGCGAUAGCACCAGCAAAAUGUGCAACAUACCCAAUAUGGUCUAUGGUGUUGAGCACAUAUCGCUUGUAAAUAGCCUGUCCGACAUCGACAGAGGUCACGAUUACAAAAACACAUAGCUGCAGGGCUGCGAACUCCAUUUGUCGCCAGUUCAUUAUUAUCGUCGCAACGUGAGCAGUUAUUAGAGCGUAAACUCCACCAGAUGCACCAGCUAGAUAGACUUUUGGGUCUGACACAGAAGUCCCAAGAGACCCAGCGACUACUCCAGCUAUGUAUAUGAUCAAAACUCGCCACCAUUUAUGGACCAUCUCUAAGGGGAUUCCCAGCAUUAUUUGCACCAG